AUAGCAAGCGUGGAUGGUGGAAAAGAGAAAGAAACAGAUGCCAUCUCAUUUAACGAGCGAAUAAAGAAACGAACAUAUCGUUCGUACUCUCUCGGGUUUUUGGCGUUUUACGUAUAAAUAGGGGCACUGAGAAAAUUUUGAAAUUAGUUCUUUAGUGACUUUCGGGCUGUGUGUGUGUGCAGAAUAGUAUAAAACAGUGAAAAAUGACUGGUCGUGGUAAAGGAGGCAAGGGCUUGGGAAAAGGUGGCGCCAAGCGACAUCGCAAAGUGCUGCGUGAUAACAUCCAAGGAAUCACGAAGCCUGCUAUCCGCCGUUUGGCUCGUCGUGGCGGUGUGAAGCGCAUAUCUGGACUUAUAUACGAGGAAACGCGUGGCGUUCUGAAGGUUUUCUUGGAGAACGUAAUUCGUGAUGCCGUCACCUACACCGAACACGCCAAGCGGAAGACUGUUACUGCCAUGGAUGUUGUGUACGCUCUGAAGAGGCAAGGCCGCACCCUCUACGGAUUUGGCGGUUAAAAAAAGAAGAGUACAUCCUGUACUUCUAUUAAGCAAUCGGUCCUUUU